AUGUGGAUUAUUAAAACAAACUAACUUAUGAUUAAUUAAUUUGAGUACUUUUAACAGUAAUAAAAUAAACGACUUUUUCUCUAAAUUGAUUUAAUUUUAGUAAAAGAAUCACAUUAAUUUGAGAGAUUAUUAUUUGAAUGUAUUUUCAUUGUAUUUAUCAAUAAAUUUGAUUUUUUUGGAGAUGAAAAGUAAAGCAUAAAUAAGUAAUAUACAUGCCUAAAAAUGAAACAAAUAAAUUUGCUUCUAAAAGUAUACAAAAAUAGAAUAUAAAAAUAACAAGUAUAAAUUGGUAUUGCUUGCUUGUUUGUUUGCAUGGAAAUUUAAAAUAAAUAGAGAAAGGGAAUUAUUAGGUGA